AUGAUGCCAGCUCAAAUCAGGCUUUCCUUGUGGCUUCUUCUGUCUAUACUCAUUUCCUCAUUGUUUAUACCUGUAUACAAUCAGUGCAUCAACGAUCAACAAUCUUUACUGUUAGCUUUCGAAAAUGAUCAUUCGAUUGCAGCAGGCUGGGACCCAAGUGUUGACUGCUGUCAGUGGACUGGGAUUACAUGCGACACAGACGGUCGUGUCACAGGACUGGAUCUUAACAGCCAGAGUAUAUACGGCUCCCUCGAUUCGUCUAGCCUUUUCCGUCUCGGGUUUCUCCAGUCACUCAACCUGGCCUACAACAAUUUUGAUCCUGCUUCAUUGCCCUCAGGAUUUGGUAACCUCACUCGGCUCGCCUAUUUGAAUUUGUCCAAUGCAAAUUUUGAAGGUCAGGUUCCUGUUGAAUUCUCUCUGUUGACAAAUUUGGUUACCCUUGAUCUCUCUUCAGGUCUUAUGUAUACGCUUUAUAUCGAAAAUCCAGAUCUCAGAAUGCUAAUUCAGAACCUUACAGAAUUAAAACAUCUCUAUCUUGACAAUAUCAAUAUUUUCACACAUGGGUAUGAUUGGUCUAUAGUUAUAUCUUCUUACUUACCCAAUUUGCAGACUUUAAGCUUGACAAGUUGCAAUCUUUCGGGUCCUCUAGACUCAUCACUUGCUACGCUUAAAAAUCUUUCGUUUAUUCGUCUAGACGGGAACAACUUUUCUUCUGUAAUCCCUGAGUCAUUUGCAGACCUCCCAAAUCUUACUGUUUUCAGUAUACAACAAUGCAAUCUUAGUGGAUUGCUUCCGUAUAAAAUCUUUCAGGUGCCUACAUUGAAGACGGUCGAUCUUUACAGCAAUGAAUUGCUUGAAGGUCCUCUACCCGAUACUAUGCAUGCUCUUGAGCUUGAAAAUCUGAUUCUUAGCUACACACGGGUUGGGGGGAGGCUACCAGAUUCUAUCGGUAGUCUUAAAAUGUUGUCUAGGCUAGAGCUCAGUGGCUGUGGAUUCACCGGACCGAUUCCAGCGUCGAUGCAAAACCUUACCCGUCUUCAAUAUCUGGAUCUAUCCGCUAAUCAAUUCACGGGUUCGGUUCCAUCAUUUCAGUUGUCUAAGAAUCAUCUGGUGCAGGUAAAUUUGAGUGAAAACAAUUUGACCGGUGGAAUUCCUUAUUCUCACUGGGAAGGCUUUGAUAAGCUUGAGUACCUUAAUCUGGCUAGUAAUUCCUUGACUGGGAGCUUUCCGCAGUCCUUUUUAAUACUAAAAUCACUUGAAGGCUUAUACCUUUCCGACAACUCCUUCUCUGGCAGAAUUAAUGAUUCGUUGAAUGUUUCUUCUUAUCAACUGAGUACCAUAGAUCUGAGUAGCAACAAAUUUGAAGGCCCAGUACCUGGAUUCAUCUUCAAACUUGGAGCCCUUUCGUAUCUCAAGCUUUCUGCAAAUAAAUUCACCGACCUACACUUGUCAGAAGCAGUCAACCUGUCAAGACUGGAGAGCUUCGAUCUUUCAGAUAAUCAACUAAGUGGUGAAAUACCCAACUGGAUCUGGGAAGUUGGAAACGGCUUUCUCCGGUUUCUGAACCUGUCACACAAUAAGUUUUCCAGUCUGCAAAAACCCUACACUUUUCCUUAUCUACUCGAUGUUCUAGACCUGCAUUCUAACAAUCUGGAAGGAAACAUCCCGGUUCCUCCGAAACGCGUUUAUAUUCUGGAUUACUCGAGCAACAACUUCAGAUCUUCAAUCCCGGUUGAUUUUGGCAAUGUGCUCACCUCCACCCACUUCUUCAGGAUUUCCAACAAUAAGUUGGUGGGACCCAUUCCUCAAUCAAUAUGCAAUGCCAGCCGACUCGAUGUUCUUGAUCUAUCUAACAACAGUCUCAGUGGCACACUACCUUCAUGCUUAGUAGCAGAAACUCUUAGAGUACUCAAUCUAAGAGAAAACAACCUCACAGGCAAUGUUUUGGAUGUAUUUCCAGAAAGGUGUACUCUGCAAACGCUGGACCUUAGUAGUAAUCAUCUUAAAGGACCCCUUCCGAAAUCUCUGGUGAAGUGCAAAGAUCUCACGGUUUUGAAUUUUGGUCAAAAUAUGAUAACGGACAGUUUUCAAUGUUGGCUGAAUAGCUUGUCCAACUUGCAUCUUUUUGUCAUCAGGUCCAAUAGAUUUCAUGGGAACAUCACUUGUCUAGAAUCCAACAGUCUUCAAAUCAUCGACAUUGCUUCCAAUAGGUUUUCAGGCGUUCUACCUCCAACUUUGUUCACAGGUUUUGGAAGAAUCAUCAACAAUACUCAAUCGAAGCUCGACUACCUCUAUUUCAAGCAUCCUGCUAAUAGUGCAAUAUAUUAUCAAGAUUCAGCAAGUGUUGUUUUCAAGGGAACAAGCAGAAAGUUUGAAAAAAUCCUCGACAUCUUCGCUUCCAUUGAUUUCUCCAAUAAUAGUUUCCAAGGGAGUAUACCUGUAACAGUUGGUGAUCUGAAACUGAUUCAACUUGUCAACUUAUCCCACAAUGCACUAUCGGGUCCGCUCCCGGUGUCAGUUGGAAAAUUGAUAAAUCUUGAAUCCCUGGACCUCUCUGUAGACAAGCUAAGAGGAAGCAUUCCACCACAGCUUGCAAGUCUUUCAUUUCUUUCAGUCUUAAAUCUGUCAUAUAAUGAGUUGUCGGGACGCAUCCCACGCGGCUCGCAGUUUGAUACAUUUAGAGAUUCGUCAUUCAUAGGUAACCAAGGGCUAUGUGGUACGCCUUUGAACAAGAGCUGUAGCGUUAAUGCUACUUCAGAAUUGCCUAGAGAAACAGAUGAAGAUGGAAGUGAUCUGUAUGUGAGUAUUGGAGUAGGAUUUGUAGUAGGGUUUGUGAUGAUUGUUGGUCCAAUUGUUUUUUUGAGGAAAUGGAGGACAUGGUGCGGUAAUCAUGUUGAUGGAUUACUUUCAAGGAUUGUGAAAACCAAGGAUGAACGAACGCGCUCACGUUGA